GGCAGGUUGCUCAUCUAUGAGCCGCUUCUGAUGAUCAGUCAGCGGUGAUGCACAACAGCACAUAAAAGAACAUGAUCCGAAUAGCUGCUCUGAACGCUGGGUCUCUGACUGCAGAUGAACAUGAGGAUAAUUUUCGAAGCACAAAGCAGGGUCAGACGAAAGAAGCUCAGGAAGCAGAGGCAUUCGCCCUCUACCACAGAGCUCUUGAUCUGCAGAAGCAUGACAACUUUGAGGAGUCGGCCAAAGCCUAUCAUGAGCUCCUCAAGACCCCACUGCUUAAAGAGGCGGUGGCAUCCGAAGAUGAGAAGGUGGGGCUGAAACACCCAGGGCUAAUGCUGAAAUACUCCACUUACAAAAACCUGGCCAAUCUUGCUGUGCUUAAAGAUGACCUGGACACCGCCACGAAUUUCUAUGUAGAGGCUGUUAUGCUGGACUCCACAGAUGUGAGUGUUUGGUAUAAGCUGGGACAGGUGGCUCUGAAGAAAGUAAGCAUCCCACUGGCAAGGCACGCGUUCGAGGUGGGAUUGCGCUGUAAUCCUGACCACUGGCCGUGCCUCGACAGCCUCAUCACCAUCCUGUACACACUCAGUGACUACAGCUGUUGCCUGUACUACAUAUGUAAAGCUCUGGAGAAGGACCCAGGCUACACCAAGGCUCGGGUGCUGAAGGAGAAGAUCUUCAAAGAGCAGCCCUGCCUCAGACGAGACUCCAUAAAGUUGUUCUCAAAACUUGAUAUAAACGAGCCCUGUGAUGAGAUAGACGAGGAGGAAGCUCACAGUAUCGUAGAGGAAGCUUUGGAGCUGAGGAGACAGAGACAGGCAAAUCUGGUCCAACCUCCUCUACAAGACCUUCAACUGGUGGAGCCCCUCAAGCGCUUAACGUGGAAGAGUGUGGGCGAGAGCUUCCUUGCCAUGUACAAACACCAGAAUGAGUGUCUGGUCCCUCGACCCGACUUUGGUCGCCGAAUUGACCUCUCCAUGUACCGCGACCCAGACUGUCUCCUUCAGGCUUCUCCAGAUGCCCCUAACUUAAGCACAACUCCAGUUAUUGAACCUCCCCCGUCGUCCACCCCUGCUUCAGCACCUGAGCCUCCUCCUGCACCUACUGCAGACUCUAUCAGCCCCAGCGCUAGUCUAACUGUGCCCUCGGAGAGCUUUUCUCAACCACAGGCUCAAAUCAUCAGCUCAGGGCAGCUGGAAGUGGACCAAAGCAUGAUGGAGAUUGAUAUAGCAGUUACAGGCAUGCCUGUUCUUGGUUUGAAUGGUGCUGUGCCUGCUAUUGCUUCUUCUAUUGCUGCUGCACCAUCUGGUGUUCUUGACCCUUCUUUAAGCGAUAAAGCGAAGAAAGCCACCAAGAGAAAAAGAACCACCGAGGACUUUUCUGAGACCACCAAGAGGCGCUCGGCACGCGUUCGCAACACCAAAUGUAAAAAAGAGGAGAAGAUCGACUUCCAGGAGCUGCUGCUGAAAAUCUUGCCAUCACGACUUAAGAAGUUUGAUGUUGAUGAGGAUGAUGAAAGCCUGAGUAACAUGGACACCCAGGUGGAGACCAGACCCAGCUCUCAGCUGAACCAGGGCACUGGAUCUAAAUUCUCGGAAUACAUAUGCUCUAUGGAGAGAGAGCGUGAAGAAGUACACGCUUUCCUGUUAGCUAAUAUGGAGAAUGGUGGCAUCCUUGAGCUCCUGAUGCGCUACCUAAAAGUGAUGGGGCAGAAGUUUCUGGAAGAGUGGCCGUCUGGACUGACCACUGUGGUCCUGGAGAUCUACAACUGCUGGAGGAGACACAGUGCUGGGCUUCCCAAUCCUCUGCUCAGAGACUCCAACAACAAACACAUCAAGGAGAUGAUGAUGAUGAGUCUGUCCUGUAUGGAGCUGCAGUUGGAGCUGUGGAUCGACACUAAAGGAAAAAACUCAUCACAGAGAAGGAGUGUCGGGCACGGGGCAGAUCACAGCGAGCUGGAUAGCCAGGAAACCCGCUUCCAGACGGAUAUGUUCAUGCUGAUCAUGGCCGCCUCACAGGGAGAUGUGUUUGAGCGCGACUGGUACUACUUUGCUCUCAGAGUCCACUGGCUUAAAGCUCGGCACCUGGCUUUUCAGGGUGACAUGGAAGAGGCCUUGGAGCGUUACGACAUGUGUGUCGGAUUGUUGAAGUGCCCGCCUCAGAGCAGCGAUGCAACCAACCUCUCCAUCCACAUGCCUAACCUCAGUGCGGACUCAACCAUUACCCUAGAGGAGAUUGAGAAAAAGCUGAAGUCUCUGGAGAGGUGUCAGUCUCUGGAGGAGAUACAGAAACUGUUCGAGACUGGAGAUUAUCAGUCAGUGGUGCGGUUAGUCACACCCACGCUGAGCUACGGUCCCAACUCGGCCCGUCCGAAACCACUGGGUUACGUCAGCUCGGCCCCUGAGAGACCAGCACAGCUGCUGCUGUUGCAGAGCUCUUUGCUACGAAUGAAGGAUUACGCUCAGUGUCUUGAAACUACAGAGGUGGGAAUGAACGAGGCUAUUCAGCACCUUAACGACUCGCUACACAGCAGCCCUACUGCCGAGUGGGUGUCCACGGUGAUGGCCAUGCUGCGCGGGAUCGAGCAGUGCAUCACGGAGCAGCCGCAGCUUCUCAGCACCACUCCGCAGACCACCAAUCUGCCCCGCCUUGCUAACAACCUCAUACAGCUAAUAGCGUGCAGCAUGGUGUUGCCUGACGACCCUAGGGAACCUCACUUUACAUCCAUGCUGCCAUGGAUUCUGCUCUACCACCUACUCAAACAGGAUGAACCUGAGUUUGACUGCAUGCUUCGUCAGCACAAAGCAGACGAGGAUGACGAUGAUGACGACACCCCCCUGAUGCCCGCCUCUCUGACACUGUUAAAAACUGCUCACGAGUACCUGGGCCGCCGCUCCUGGUGCUGUAACUCGGACGGAGCUAUUCUCAAGUUCUUCGUGCAAGUGCUGAAGCAAAAGUUACCAGAAGCGAAUGGGCUGCCGUAUAAAGAGGAACUGGAAACAGCACUAGAGCAGUGCUUCUACUGCCUGUAUGCUUACCCAAGCAAGAAGACCAAAGCACGCUAUCUUGAAGAGCAUUCCGCACCUCAGGUGGAGCUCCAGUGGAGUGAUGCACUUUUUAUGUUUGAGUACUUCAAGCCCAAGACCCUGCCAGAGUUUGACAGCUAUAAGACGAGCACCGUGUCAGCAGAGCUGGCCAACCUUCUGAGGAGGCUUUCUGGAAUAAUUCCUCGCUCCGAUGAGCCCACGCUGUCUAUCAACGAAGUGUCGGUUUACAUAGAGGAUGGAGCCGUCAAGGUACCAUCCCUCCCUGAUGGCGCCCCUCCAGCACCCCCUCUGGUUAAUGAACUGUUCUACCUGCUGGCAGACUACCACUUUAAGAACAAAGAACAAACCAAAGCCAUUAAGUUCUACAUGCAGGACAUCUGUGUCUGCCCUAACAGGUUCGACUCGUGGGCCGGGAUGGCUUUGGCACGGGCCAGUCGCAUCCAGGAGAAGCUCAACUCCAAUGAGCUGAGAAACGACGGUCCAGUCUGGAGGUACUCGCAGCCCGUGCUGACCUGCUUCCGACGGGCACUGGAGAUCGACAGCUCCAACCUGGCCCUGUGGAUCGAGUACGGCACCAUGUCCUUCGCCCUGCACUCGUUCGCAUCCAGACAGCUCAAGCAGUGGAAGAACGAAAUGCCACCAGAGCUGGCCAAACCUAUGGAGGAGCGCAGGAAUUCCAUGCUGGAGACGGCGCAUCAGUGCUUUAAGUGUGCUUCGGAGUGUGAAGGGGACUGUAACGAGGAAGAAUGGCUCAUACACUACAUGCUGGGAAAGAUUUUAGAAAAGCGCAAGCAGCCUCCCAAAGAAUACCUGCAGCUCUACAAACAGUCUGCCCAUUAUCUUCAUGAGGAGGCUGCCAGGUAUCCCCGAAGAAUCCAUUACCAGAACGCACCUGAUCUGGCCAUGGAGGCAUUAGAACUGUUCUUCCGGACGACCGCCACCAUUCUGAAGCUACUGGAGAAAGACAACAGCGGUGAAGAGACGGAACAGCAAAAGGACGUUCUGGACUAUGAGCUUUUCUUUAACAUGCUCGCUGAAGCUGCAGUUAGUCCUUUUGCCCGGGGAGAGGAGAAGAGCACGCCCACGCCCAGUGACAAGAAAAAACACCCUUCCCUAAACGAUGAAGACUCGCACUCUUCGGCGGUGACAACAACGGUGAUGGCAACCUCCGCGGAGACCUCUGUGCCCACGAUGGCUUCCUUGGCCAGCGACGGUGCGGCAGGUGUGACAUCCCCCCCGUGUAUGGUCACUCCGAUCGACCACGAUUACGCCAAACGUAAAAAGCUGCAGCAGAGGCAGGGGCAGCCGCAGGACGAGCAAAGUCAGGACAGUAUGGCAGCAUUAUCAGACUCCAGCUCGGUACAGGAUGUGUUCCUGGAUCCAACCAGCUCACAGGACAGCACACACAAGCUGGAUUCUGGGAAGCGUCACUCAUUUUCGGAAGACACGAACACUCCUGUGAAAGACAAGACGUCUACAGCGGAAGAACCAGGUUUCUCAGUGGAGAAGCACAUAGACAUCACAUCCACAACGCUGUCCCAGGAGUCUUCAGACACCAUGCAGUCACUCACGUCUCCUGAAACCACUGCCUCCAAACCCUCAGCUCCUGACACGCCCACACAGGCCCCUCAUUCCCUACCGCGGCCCGCCCCCCGUCGCCCCGAACCCCUCGCCCGUCCUGAGCUGCUGGACGUGCCCAAGGUUCUGCCCGCGGGUCGGCUGGAGCAGAGGAAGGCGCUGGUGAACAUGUGUGUGAGAGCUCUGUUCCUCUGCCUCAACCGCUUCUCUCAGCAUUACCCGAGCCUGUAUCGACUCGCCCACCUCUACGCCUACAGCAGGACGCACAAGAACCUGCAAUGGGCAAGGGAUGUGUUGCUAGGAAGCAGUAUCCCAUGGCAACAGCUCAAGCACAUGCCAGCACAAGGACUUUUCUGCGAGAGGAACAAGACCAAUUUGUUCAACGGAAUCUGGCGAUUUCCAGUAGAUGAAAUCGAUCGCCCGGGCAGUUUCGCGUCUCAUAUGAACAGGUCCGUCGUGCUCUUACUGGAUGUUUUGCUGCAGUUAAGGGAUCACGACACGCUGCUCAAGAUUUCACAUAUGCUCCAGAGAACCCCAGAUCAGGGAAAGAAAUAUUUGCGGGAUGUGGACCGGCAGGUCUUGGCCAAGCGCGCUUUCUUCUUCACUGUAAAAGUGCUGGAGGACAAUCUGGAUAAACUCACUGCGGUCUCUGAUCCUUCUAAACCCAACUCUUCCUCGAUGGGCGAAAUGACUACAACCGACCUGCCCAGCCGACCGCCCUCCACAGAGGACCCGAAAUCCUCCCAUCUCUCUAAACCAUGCCUUCCAGAUUCCUCCUCAACAACCAGUGGUGGCAUCACAAGCUCAAUACCCACCCAGCCCUUGACUCCUCGCCCUCAAUCCUCUUCACAACCACAGAACCUAAACCACCCAGGAGUAGCAUCUUCUCAGCCCAGGCUCGGCGGCUCCACCCUCGCAGAGCCUAUGGACCUUGAACCCGGAACGUGGAUGGGCGCCUUGAAACCUAGAGACUCACAAACGUCCACCGAUGGAGUCGCUCAAGGACCGGGAGCCUCCAUGUCAACGGCAGAGGCGACACAAAGGGGGGCGGAUAGCGCUCGGGCACCGGAGCUGUCGCUGGAGGAGCUGAGCAUUAGUUCCAAGCAACUGAUGCAGGGUCAGACUCUUGGAGGUACAAACGCAGCGGCCUCUGUGCGACCCAACAGGAAGAGGAAGCUGCUGGAGGAUGUAGAGUCAGGGAAGACGCUCUUAUUGGACGCGUACAGAGUUUGGCAGCAGGGGCAAAAGGUCAUGACCUACGAUCUUGGCCGUAUUGAGAGGAUCAUGUCUGAGACCUACAUGCUCAUCAAACAGGUGGAUGAGGAUGUGGCUUUGGAUCAGGCUGUAAAGUUCUGCCAGGUUCAGAUGGCAGCGCCAGCACAGAGACAGAAUUCUAGUGACGCCCCAAACACGCCCAAAUUCAGUAAAGACCACAGAGACUUCUUCUUCCCUGGUCCCGUCCCAAAUCAGUGCCUCCAAACACAUACGCACCCUCUACCUGGUCAGGAUCAUGAGUCCAGAUUGAGCAAGACUCGACCUCUUCACACACACUCACAUUCUCAUAAACCUAGUACACCCACUCAGCUCUACUGCCAGCCUCCAGUCCAGCAGGACCAGUCACAACCCAGGACCACACCCAGUCAGCCAUCAGUGAGCAUGGCCUUCCUUUCUCACACAGAGGACAGAGAAUCCACAGCUCCAGAGGGACUAGUGUACAGGCAGCAAGAGUCUCACUUAUGUCAGCAGAUGAAAAUGGCCACAGUUUCUCAGAGUCAAGAGUCUCAGGAGUGGAGCAGCCAUGAGCCAGCUACCUGCUCAACACACACAGACACAGAUCAGCUGAAGCAGGGAGAUUCAAAUCGGAUCCGCUCCAAAAUCCCUCCCAACAUGCCCAAACUGCUUAUCCCUUCCACAGCCGGCAAAUUCCCCCCAGAGAUUACCGUAACACCCCCAACGCCCACGCUGCUCUCACCUAAAGGCAGCAUCUCAGAGGAAACCAAACAGAAGCUCAAAAACGUGAUUUUGGCAUCUCAGUCGGCAGCUAACGUAAAGAAAGACACUCUGACUCAGCCGGCGCUGGAGGUGCAGGAGACGUCCAGCCAGGAGUCGUCGCUCGAGAGCGAAUCAGAGGAGGAGGACGACGACGACAUCAUGGACAUUUAAACUAAACUUUCAACUCCCGUCUCUUGAGGGCAGCGAGGAGCCUGAAUGAACCUGAACUGCACUUCAGAACUGAACUUUUGUGCUUUUUAUCCCCUCUCGCUCUCAUUCUCUUCUCUAAUCUUCCUCUCACCGCUUCGAGACUAAAGAUGAGUAAAUGAAUGGAAUGUUUGCGGAAUGUCGCUGCAG